UUGACUGUCAGAGGAUUCAGUCAUGGAACUGCUGCUGCCAAUCCUUCUGGGCUUUCUUGCCGCUGUGCUUGGAGGGCUUUAUCUUCUUGGGGUGUUUAGACAGCGGCAACCUGGAGAACCCCCUUUGGAUAAGGGGCUCAUACCCUGGCUGGGUCAUGUCUUAGAGUUUCGCAGGGACACGGCCAAGUUUCUAGAGAGGAUGAAGAAAAAGCACGGCGAUGUGUUUACGGUACAGCUGGGAGGGUUUUAUAUAACGUUUCUUCAGGAUCCGCUGUCGUUUGGGGCAUUUGUUAAGGAGAGUCGAGAAAAACUGAACUUCAACAAGUUUGCUCAGCAAUUGGUACGAAGAGUGUUUGGUUACUCAUCUAUAGUGGAUGACCAUGAGAUUCUCCAGAUGUCCAGCAACAAGCAUCUGAAGGGGGAUGGCCUGGAAUUAAUGACACAAGCCAUGAUGAGUAAUUUGCAGAACCUGAUGUUGCACAACAUCGGCACAGCUGCAGACCAAAGAACCUGGAUGGAGGACGGACUGUUUAUGUACAGCUACAAUAUUGUUUUUAGGGCCGGCUAUUUAUCUCUGUAUGGAAAUGAGCCACACAAGUCAGCGGGAAGUGAGGAAGCCAAAGGGAACGACAGAGCUGAAUCAGAAGCCUUAUUUCAUGAGUUUCGUAAAUAUGACCAGCUCUUUCACCUGGCGUAUGGGGUCCUGCUGCCAAGGGAAAGGCUGGAAUCAGAGAGGCUGCUGAGAUACUUCUGGAACAGUCUGUCAGUGCAGAAAAUGAGGACCAAGGACAACAUCAGUCGCUGGGUGUGGGACAUCCAGCAAGCCAAAGCGGAGAGGGGCAUGGAGGAGUUUAUGAUAAGCAGGUACAUGUUUGUGCUUCUUUGGGCCUCACAGGGCAACACAGGAGCCUCUUCAUUCUGGCUGCUCCUCUUCCUCAUGAAACACCCAGAAGCCAUGAGAGCAGUGAAGGAAGAGGUGGAUAAGGUUCUGAAGGAAUUUGGACAAGAAGUCAAACGUGAUAGCCCUUUAAUUAACCUGACCCGUGAAAUGCUGAUGAAAACCCCAAUCCUGGACAGUGCUGUAGAAGAGACCCUCCGCCUCACUGCUGCACCCCUCCUCACCAGGGCAGUGCUUCAGGAUAUAACCCUGAAGAUGGCUGAUGGGCGUGAGUACUUCAUUCGCAAGGGUGACAGAAUGGCAAUGUUUCCAUACAUUGCCGUUCACAUUGACCCAGAGAUCCACCCUGACCCACAUUCAUUCAAAUAUGACCGUUUUCUCAAUCCAGACGGGAGCAAGAAAACUGACUUUUACAAAGCAGGGAAGAGGGUGAAGUAUUACAGCAUGCCCUGGGGGGCUGGGGUCUCCAUGUGUCCUGGGCGUUUCUUUGCCACCAGUGAGCUGAAGCAGUUUGUUUUCCUCAUGCUGGUUUAUUUUGACUUUGAGCUGAAGAAUCCCGAUGAGAAGAUACCUGACGUUGACUUCAGGCGAUGGGGCUUUGGAUCGAUGCAGCCACAGAGAGACGUCCAGUUCAGAUACAGACUCAGAUAUUAAACCAGUCAAUCCUAAACUGCCUUCAGAUGCUGAUCAUCUGUGAAAGCAUUCAUUUGACUAUUAUGCAUGAAAAAUGAGAUUAAUAUUAUUUUUAUUUUUAUAUCAGUGAUGUGAUGUGCACAUUUUGCAUGUGGCUUCAAAGCUAUGUGUGUUAAUAUUGUUGCGUACAAUAACAAUAAGGCAUUUUUGUAUAAAUAAACACUGUAGUUUUAACAGAAUAUUGCUUCCGUGUACAGCUGUUUUCCAGUAUGAUUUACAGUAAUUAAAUAUAUAUUAAUUUAAGUAAGCUUACAAGUCACAUACAGGCUGUAUGGUUGUACUUUUCUUUUUUUUUAUUCCCAAUAAGAUAUGCACUCCUGCAGGUGGAGCUACAUGUCCUUUGAUCUGGUCUUUGAACAACACAGACCAUACUUUGGGAAUCA